AUGGCUCAGCCAGCCAGCAGCACGAGAUUGACGACGCCAUCGGAGCAGGAGAGAAGUCAGUACUAUUAUGGCCUCCCCAGCCAGCCCAAGCUCGUGGCUCGAAGCAACUUCCACGAAAUGCCGUGGGCACCAAUUGUCCAGGGUCAGCAUUUGCUACGCAAACGCAUCACUAACAUCGGUUCCGGCCAUCCCCUCGUCACCAAGUAUAACGCUGAUCUGCAGCAUCGUCUCAUAGGCGUCCUCUCCUCGACCAAAUGGACGUCAAUUGAUGUGGUUCGUAUCGGCUAUGACGACGACAACAAAGAUCAGAAGCCUGUAGUGCUCUGGGUUGCAGUCGAACCGGAGAGCCUCGACCCUGGCCUCGGGCUGCAGUUGGCCGAGCAAUGCCGCGCCGCACUUUCCCAUGCUGGCGUCGAAAACGUCCACUGCGAGAUACGUGAGGCUACCGUGACCACCUCAGUUGUGAAUUCGCAUUCUCGGCCUUUAAUACCCCUCAAGCAGUGCGGGCUCGGUAGUACGCGCUAUCUUACUCUCACCCCGACUCUCGGACAGAGCGUUGCUGCUGAAAAGACACCGGGCAAGGAGGGGACCCUCGGCCUCUACCUGUGCAUAGGCGAUCCUAAAGUCGAAGGCCAACGUGUCAAGUGCGCUCUGAUAUCCCAUCACGUCGCUUAUGAUGAUGACCAGGAUUCCUGCAUGCGCGUCGCUCAGAACGGCAAGCCACAGACCCGAAUCAUGGUGCCGGGAGACGCUACUUUGAAGAAGAUUGUUGAUGAAGUGACUGCCACCGUCGCCUUCUGGUCAGAGCAUUCAUCGCCAGAUUCCGCCAACGCCUUACACAAGGCUCAGCGACUCCAAGCCCAUCUCUCCACACUCUCUACGAAGUCCUCCCGCUGUAUUGGCCCUGUCAUUUACUCUCCUGCCCGGAUGCCCGAGAAGAUACCUGGCAUGGCCGCCAGCGACGACGAUGGGGAAGUCCAGUGGUUGCCCGACUACGCCUUGGUCAGACUAGACGGGACACGAUUCGGCGACAGCAACCAAGUCUUCCUCGGCACCUUGGGCGACGAUGUGGUCAACAAGCUCAAUCAUGGCUUCUUGAACCACUAUUUUACCCCACCGUCCGACGGUAUAUUGCGACUCCGACAGACCGUUCCGCUCGAGGAAAUCACUAGUCCGGUGGCCAAAAACAUGUAUACCGAUGAAUACCUUCUCAGAGUAGGCAAGAGAGGCAGAUCCACGGGGCUGACAUAG